AAGAAGGUGCAAGAUAUCUAAGGAAACGGAUAGUAAAUACAUCUAAAAAGUUGGGAAUAUGUAAAAAAUGUUAAAAAAAAAACUUUAUAAGAAAAUUUAGAGGGAAACUUGAAGACGUUCUCAGCAGUCAGCAGCUCCUACGUCCAUACCAAUCCACAGUCCGCUCUCGAGCGUUUUCCGCUGGAGCGGCGAUCCAGUUGGGGCGAGGAGAAGGAAUCAUGAGGAGUCCCAUCGUUCUGGUUGGCCUGCUGCUGCUGUUCUGCUGCUGUGCUGAUGUUUUGGCGGCAGAAUACAUGAAGUACAAGGACCCGAAGCAGCCGGUCAAUGUUCGUAUUAAGGACCUGAUGAGCCGAAUGACCCUGGAGGAGAAGAUUGGGCAGAUGACCCAGAUCGAAUGAGAGAACGCGACUGCUGAGGUCAUGAAGAAGUACUACAUCGGGAGUGUAUUAAGUGGGGGAGGGAGUGUUCCAGUUAAGCAGGCCUCUGCUCCGACUUGGAUCAACAUGGUCAAUGAAUUUCAGAAGCGUGCUCUGUCGACUAGGCUUGGGAUCCCAAUGAUCUACGGGAUCGAUGCCCUUCAUGGACACAACAAUGUGUACAAUGCGACGAUCUUUCCUCAUAAUGUCGGGUUAGGGGCCACUAGAGAUCCUGAACUGGUGAAGAGGAUUGGAGCUGCAACAGCGCUUGAAGUCAGAGCGACGGGAAUUCCAUACGUUUUCGCUCCAUGUAUUGCAGUCUGCAGAGACCCGAGAUGGGGGAGAUGUUAUGAGAGUUACAGUGAAGACCCCAAAAUAGUUCAAGCAAUGACCGAGAUCAUAUCCGGACUACAAGGAGUCGUCCCUGCCGCAGACAAGGGACGCCCUUUUGUCGCCGGGCAGAAGAACGUUGCAGCUUGCGCAACGCAUUACGUGGGAGAUGGAGGGACCACGAAUGGAAUUGACGAGAACAACACGGUCACUGACUGGCACGGAUUACUCAGCAUCCACAUGCCUGGGUACCACAACUCGAUUAUCAAGGGUGUCUCCACAGUCAUGAUCUCAUACUCAAGCUGGAAUGGGAUCAAGAUGCACGCGAAUCGUGACCUCGUCACAGGGUUCCUCAAGAACAAACUAAAAUUCAGAGGAUUUGUGAUAUCCGAUUGGCAAGGAAUCGAUAGGAUCACCUCGCCGCCUCAUGCCAAUUACUCAUAUUCCAUACAAGCUGGAGUUUCUGCUGGCAUUGAUAUGAUCAUGGUUCCAUACACCUACACAGAGUUCAUCAAUGAACUAACCAGGCAAGUGAAAAGCAAGAUCAUCCCGAUGAGCCGAAUCGACGAUGCAGUGAGCAGAAUCCUUCGGGUUAAGUUCACGAUGGGCCUAUUUGAGCAUCCAUUGGCUGAUGACAGCCUAGUCAAACAAUUAGGAAGUCAGGAGCACAGAGAGCUGGCUAGAGAAGCUGUUAGAAAGUCCUUAGUGUUGCUGAAGAACGGCGAGUCUGCUGAUGGGCCAGUGCUUCCGCUUCCCAAGAACGCACCGAAGAUACUCGUUGCAGGAAGCCACGCUGAUAACCUUGGGUACCAGUGUGGUGGAUGGACAAUCGAGUGGCAAGGUCUCAGCGGAAACAACCUCACGAGCGGCACCACGAUCCUCAAAGCCAUUAAGGACACCGUUGAUCGAAAGACCGACGUUGUCUACAAAGAGAAUCCCAGUGCAGACUUUGUGAAAUCAGGAGGAUUCUCUUAUGCAGUAGUGGUAGUGGGCGAGCCCGCAUAUGCCGAAACAUUCGGGGACAACCUGAACCUAACUAUCCCCGACCCAGGCCCCGCCACCAUCACAAACGUCUGCGGGUCUGUGAAGUGCGUUGUAAUUGUCAUCUCAGGCCGUCCAGUUGUUCUUCAGCCAUAUGUCUCAUCGAUAGGCGCUCUCGUGGCAGCGUGGCUCCCUGGUACUGAAGGACAGGGUGUCACAGAUGUCCUGUUCGGCGAUUACAGGUUUACCGGAAAGCUUCCUCGGACAUGGUUCAAGACGGUCGAUCAGCUCCCCAUGAACGUCGGCGACGCCCAUUACGACCCACUCUUUCCAUUUGGUUUCGGCUUGACCACCAAACCCACCCAUCAGCAACUGAGAUUGUAACCUUUGGUUUUAACUCAUUUUUCCACCUUACUGUCUUUAAGAAACAUUGCAUCAUCUUCACUGGAGACAAAUAAAAUCGAGUUCUUUCUUUCGGAGGAGA